AUGCAUUUGCUGGGAGACCAAGUUUUAGGAGAAUUAUAUCAAGAUUCCAGAGAAUUAAAGCAGUGGUUGAUCAAAUCUAAUUGCCAGCAUCAUUACAACAAAUUUAUAGAAAAUGGGAUAACAUUCGACCUAUUAAAAGAGCUAGAUAGUUCAUCGCUCAAAGAGAUUGGGAUUAAUAAGUUAGGAGAUAGACUAAGGUUAGAAUUAGCUAUUUCAAGCAUGAAGUCUGAAAAAUUAGCUGAUAAUAUUACAGUGGAUGAGUUGUACAAAAUAAUGAAUUUGCAUCUGACAGACAGUAUUACACUGUUAUCUGGGGGAAAUAUUAGUAACGGAUCCGUAUCCACUCCUACGAAUGAAUCAGGUACCUUGACAACUUUAACUAAUAACCCAUAUUUGCACAGUAAUGUUUCCUCCUCGUCCAAUGCUGCCAAUAAGGAUGCUAAUAAGAACGUAACGUUUAUUUUGCAAGAUGGAUCUACAAAGAAAGUGAAUGUAACUGGAUGUUUCAAUGCACAAUCGAUCAAACGUAAGGUAUUGAAAAGGUUGGGAAUAAAACAACAGGAGACAUUAUAUAAUACAUAUAUCCACACAUCGUUAAAUAGUAAGAGUAAUCCUGGUGUGAAUUUACUUUUUGAUGUUGAAUUAGUGACCAUUUGUUACUCUCCUGACAGGUUAGAAAAACAUAGAAUAAUUUUAUGUCGCAAGGAUGAAUACCCUUCUGAUAUGGCAAUUGAGAGCUCAAAAAGGCUUAUGGCCAAAUAUGAAAGAUAUAGCCAAACAGAUUCAUUGAAAACAAAGAGCCAAGACAAUUUCAGUCAAUAUCAUAUGCCAGAUCCUAGAAAGACGCAUGCUAGUCCAAUAUUGAGAAACUUCUUUGGACAGAGGCCACCUAGUGAAUUGAUCUCUUCCAACUUGGCUGAAUAUUUUCCAGAGGCACAUCAAAAGGAUUUGGAAGCCACCGUACGUAAUUCUGUCAGAUACAGCGUUAGACUUUCACGAAGAUUUAACCUCCCAUCUUCCAUUCUAUCCGGAGCCAGCAGUAACAUUUCGAUCCACAAUUCACAGAAUAAAAGAUCAUCAAUUUUAAGCAAUGGAACUGUGUCUGGCCCCAAUGGAGCCCCAGGAACUCCAUCUGUUUCAUCAAUGGACCAAAAUUCUGUAGCGGCAAAAAGAAAGCCUAGUGGGAGGACCAUUGGGGAAAUGAUGGUGAAUAAUAUUAAUGCAAUCGACCAGGCGGUGAGCUCAAAUGAUGUCCAGUCUGUUUUUAGUAAACCCCAAUCAAUUGGAUCAGAUAUCAGCGGUCCAGGCCAAGGUUCAUUUGAACCAAAAUCGAUGAAAUCUCAUACUUCUCCUAUAUUGAAUAGAAGUUCAAUUGCUGCUAGCUUUGUUGAUCCAUUUCACACAGAUAAUAAUAGAAAUUCACGUAUCGAACUAUUAAGCAUUGAUUCUGAUGACGAUGAAGACGAUUUUAUUGACGAAUAUGGUACAUACACAAGUGGAGAGCUUGACCAUGAUUUUAAGGAUAACAUGCUCGAUUCUAUUUCAGAGGAUGGACCUAAGAAUUGGUUACAGGGUGCUCGUAUUGGUGCUGGUAGUUUUGGUACAGUCUAUUUAGGAAUGAACCCACUCACCGGAGAGUUGAUGGCUGUCAAGCAGGUAAGUUUACCCGAUAAGAACAGUAUAAAUAAUAGUCUGCAAACGGCCAUGAUCGAGGCUUUACAGCACGAAAUGACGUUGCUAAAGGAAAUCAACCACGAAAAUAUUGUGAGAUAUCUAGGAUCCUCCACAGAUGAUAAUUUCUUGAAUAUUUUCUUAGAGUACGUUCCUGGUGGGUCGGUGCAAUCGAUGCUUUCCUCGUACGGUCCAUUUGAGGAACCCUUGAUACGGAACUUCAUUCGCCAGAUUCUCAUCGGUCUAAGCUAUCUACACGGAGAAGACAUCAUUCACAGAGAUAUCAAGGGGGCAAACAUUUUGAUUGACAUCAAGGGAACCGUUAAAAUCAGUGAUUUUGGAAUCUCCAAGAAGGUGGGAAAUUCCGAUGUCGACAUGGACGACGAGACAAAUAGUCAGAAAAAAGGCGAAAGAAGAGCCUCUCUACAAGGUUCGGUCUACUGGAUGGCUCCAGAAGUUGUGAAACAAACUGCCUAUACAAAAAAGGCCGAUAUCUGGUCCGUAGGAUGUCUUAUUGUGGAGAUGUUUACAGGUAAGCAUCCAUUUCCUGAUUUUAGCCAGAUGCAAGCUAUUUUCAAAAUAGGGACCCACAUAACCCCCCAAAUUCCAGAAUGGUGUACUUCUGAAGCUAAAGACUUUUUGUAUAAGACGUUCGAGUUAGACUACGAGAAACGUCCUGACGCUAUUGAUAUGUUAGCAGAACCGUUCCUAAACCCGUUGAUUAUGUCUAAACAAUGA